CGCAACUCCUACCUCACCGGGGUCUCCGCCGUCUCGUCACUUCACAGAGCUGGAUGCCAUGGAUCCCCGGCAGCGCGAGAUUCUUAUGAACGUGCCUGCGCACAGGAGCGGACCCGAGAUGAGCUUUGAGGAGAUCCGCAUACGCGACUACAUUACCGCGUACCAGACGACGGGCCACACUCCACAGCCCAUACCUGCAGAACCUGCGAACCCCGCCGAGCGUGCGCGUCUGGGCCUGCCACCACUCUGGGUGCCAUACUCCGAGGUGAACGGCGUGCCAGUGCCACUCGACAUGCAAACAAUGCAAAGCAUACGUAGCGCCUCCAGGCGUUCGCCAAGCGACCAUACUGCGAUUCCCGAAGUGCAGGUAUUCGCGUCAGCUCCUGUUUUGAACGAGGUUGGGCAGCCGCAAUAUAUGCAGAGCAUAGUGUGCCAACACCCAUUUAGUGCAUUCUCCUCAGAGGUGCGUGUAUUCACUCGUGAUUUCCCCAAUAUUCUAACGAUAGAUCAGGAACUCCGGUACCAGGCCUAUUGGAUAGGCAAGAAGUACGCUUCAGAAGACGUGCAGAGUUCGUGACUUCCU